AUGUACAGCAGUGUGGAAUUAUUCUCAGUUGCUCUGGUGAAGAUGGCUGCAGAGGAAGAUGAAAGUUGUCAUCAGAAAAUAUCAGACACCCUCCACACAUUGGGGUGUCAUCACCCAGAAGCAGUGUUAAAGGGCUGCCAUGACUAUCUGUCCCAACGCACCAUGGUGACAGUUCCACAGGGGGUUGUAAUAUUGGAAAGCAUGACGAAGAUUAUCAAGGACACCAUUGAUCAAAUCAGCACAGCACUAGCACAGAAAGUUAUUUCUUUGGCUACACUGUGGAUGACGACAUUAACAGGAACACAAACUGACAGCCAGGAAGCUGCAUGCAAUCUCCUAGUGGCCAUGAGCUUCAGAUUUAUUAAUGAAGUUGUCCAGUUGACGAUGGAGAAUUUUAAACAAGGGCACCUUCCCCAUGUGUACAUGGUGAAGACCUUGAGCAAAAUGUCGACACAAAACGUGUAUGGCAUGGUCCCUUUUCUCAAAUCUAUCAUGGAAACCAUGAUCCCAGUUCUUAUUGGAGUUAAAGAGGAUGAGUUGAAGUCUCUUUUUGCCUCAGCAAUGGGUAGCUUUAGCAAAAGCAUCCUGAACUAUCUGGGGAAUAAGGAGAAAGUCCCAGACCCUACAGUGACUAGAAAGACUUUCUCUACUGAGAUUAACAUCGUCUAUAGUCUGUUGUUCAAAUUGUGGCUAGAAAAAGAACAUUCCGAGUUGAACAUCCCAACAGUGGAAGCUCUAGGCUAUGUCAGCUCCCUGCUACCCAAGGACAGACUAGAGGAAGAGUUGCCCAAGUUAAUCCGAGGACUCCUGUCUCUUUCCAAGAAACAUGGGGGGUAUUAUUCAAUCACAGAGUGUCUGCGCCGGGUACUGGAAAUUGCCACUGAGAUGAAAUGUUUCAACCUGAAAGCACAAGUGGACAAUGUGCUUAACAAUCUCCACCAGCAGAUUUGUCUUUCAGUGGACUUUAUUAACCAACUUGCCAUGAAGAACCACAUUGAGAUCCUUCGCUGUUUCACAGUUCUGACUCCAGUUUACGCAGAUGCAUUGGUUGACUUCCUCUCAACUAAGUUAGAGAAUGCUGACCAACAAGCAAGAGUAGGAACUCUCAGUGUCUUGAGACACCUCAUCAGCUCAGUCUCCUCACACUUAGAGAGGAAGAAGGCUCAGAUUGUUGCUGCAGUAAAACCAGUUCUUCUAGACAAGGGCAGCAAUCAGGAAAAGAAGAUAAUUGCCCAGGUAAUAUGUGCCAUGGCCCAGCAAGGUUACCUUGAGCCAGAAGGAGGAAAGGUAAUGGUGGAAUUUCUCAUCCGACAGUGCGCUGCACCCAUUCAUUCAGGGUGCCUGGUAUCAUCUGAUCAACAUCCUGAUCAGGUUACUGAUGAAGAUGUAGUUACAGUAUGUGAAACAGUGAUGUUUAUGAUCACAAAUACAAUGAAGAUGGAGGAUAUUCUCUGGCCAUUCUUAUUAGAGUGUGUCACAAUGAGCCAGUACACUAAAGCUUUAACAACAAUCUGCAAUUGUUUAACACAGCUAGGGAAAAGGAAAUUGCAAGCUGGCAAUGAAAGCUUUUCACUUCCUUACAAAGAAGAAACCAAUCUCCCUAAAGCCCAGGCACUGUUGGCCCGACUCCUCAUUAUGUCCUGUUGCCCGUAUCAGGGAGGAGGCCGAGGAGCGGCUGCACUGAGGCUAUUGCAAGUCCUGAGCUUCAAUAUCCACCCAGCAGCAGUGACAGGGUGGGGAGAGGAACUUCCGUCAUUAACUGAUCAUUUAUUGGGGAAUUCAGAGGAGUCUCUGUCCCAACAAGAAUGGGAGAAGAAACUGUUGUUGCUCUUGUCCAGAACUCUGAAUCACAUUGACGACGAGGAAUGGACAGGUAAACUGAGUGAUGAAAUGUGUAAACAGAUCCACACCAAUCAUCACUGCUCACAAGAGAAAGGCUUUCUUUAUAAAUCUCUCGGGACAGUGCUCCAUCAUGUCCCCAGUAAGAACAUAAAGCAAGAGCUUCAUCAAAUGUUACUGAAUGUACAACACAGCGAGAGUGCGGAAAGAGAGGGAGCAGCCGCUGCCAUUGGUUUCUGUGCUAUGACCCACUUUGAUGAUACCCUCAGUAUCCUAGGGGAGUUUGCUAAUUCCAACAGCUCAAAGAACACAAAUAAUUUCUUCAAUAUUCUGAGGGAUAAGCCUGAUGUGGAUCUGGAUAAAGUUAGGAGUACACUGGUUCUGUGCUAUGGGAACAUGGCCCUCUAUUCAUCUGAGGAACUCGUUCUAUCCAGAAUCGAAAGCCAUAUUUUGCCAGCUGUGGUUAACCAAUUUAUUACAAGGGUGCAGGGGAUAAAGGCUGAAUCCAAAGAUCUUACACUAAAGCUCAGCCUAAUAAAGACUGUGACUCUGAUAGCCAGAUCCCUACAGUCAAUCCACCAGAGAGUUCCCUUCAACUUCAGUGGGAAAAGGCAGCUUUUGAUAUACAUGCAGGAACUUCUUGAGGCUGAGCCACCAGAGCUCCUGCUGAGCCCUGUACGACAGUUAGCCAUGUCAGCCUGCAUGUGUCUCGUACAACUACACACUGACUCAAACCAGGAUAACAUCUCACAAUUAAUUCAAACCUGUCUAGCUAGUACUUUCAACUUGGUCCCUUCAGAACUGGACAAGGCCAAUGACACAAAUAAUAACACCAAAGAGGUAUCUACACUUUAUAAAAAAACCAUGACUGCCCUGCAGGAGCUUCUGAAGCAAAUAUUACUUCAGGACCUGUCCCCUGAAGGUCUUCAGGCCAUAUUCAAGCAGGUAGAAGAGUGGAUCAUGUCAACAAAGGACUAUGAACGAGAGAGAGCCAUGGACACUACCUUAAAGCUGCUGAAAUGUUACUUGGAGACACUUGAUGUUAAAAAUGCAGUGCCAUUAAAUAACAUGGGGACUCUGAUUGGACGAUUGAUGCCACGCUGUGUAGAUCCAUCACCAUCCAUUGGGCAGUUGGCCAUGGACAGUUUGUACAUUAUUAUGUCCAUUCAGUUCUCAUAUGAAGGCACCAAUCUGAAUCAGCAUAAAGAGCAGCUAGAUGUUCUGAAAGCAGUCAGAGAAGACUUUGUCAGCACUGACAGUUCAGUCCUCUUUCAAACAUGCAGUCAAAUCACUGAGGUCAUUUCUAACUGUUUGCCCCAUGACCAGCUGGGUAAUCUGCUCUUUGCAGUCUUUAAAGGACUGACCGAUCAACAUCCCAACUGUUCCAGUGCAGCUGCUGUCCUUCUGAAAACCAUCAUUAAAAGACGUGGCAGUGAACUUCGGGACCAGGUCUCUGAGAUACUUAACCUGCUGAGAGUUCAGUUACAGUCAGUUCCAUCAGAUGCCGUGAGAUUUUCUGUUCUACGUAGUAUUGCUAUUCUAACCUUACACAACACACCAACAGUUGUGUCUUGUCUGCUCACUUUCCCUGUUCCUUUGGAUGAGUAUGUCAGUGAUAUAUGGAGAACACUAGCAGAAGAGACAGAAUGUUCCAUGAACACAGUGAGGGAGCUGCUGAAUAUACUGAACAAACAGUUACCAGCUGGGGAAAGGAAAACCUAUCCCAUCACUGAGAACCUGAAUCAAUAUUCAACUCUUGAAUCCCUGGCUGCUGUGUGUGCUCUGUAUGAGAUGAUAACCACACCUGAGACAAGAGAGACUCUCAUCAAAUUAUUCCCCCAAUUAUUCAGCACCCUGCUCAUCCAUCACAGCUCCUCCAUCAAUGUUCGUCUGCCCAAGGUUUUUGUUCCUCAUCAUGAAUCGAAACAGAGAGAUUUCUCGGCUGAACCUCAAUCAUUGAGCAGCAGAGAUGUGUGUGUGAACUGUGUAGAGAUGUUAAUGGAACUGCUGAAUAUGUCAAACAAUAAACAAGUGGUACAUUUCAUGGUGGAAAGUGGAGGUUGGAAUCAGAUGAUGGACCUACGCAAGUCGCACAGAGGGGUUAUUCUGCUGGCUAAAGCAAUGGUCCGAUAUGCCAGCCCUAGUCUGACAGGGAUUGUUGUGCAACUCUCAGCUCUCAUCCUUACAGUAGAAGAAUGUCAGAAAGUCACUGUGGCUGCCUUCUUUGGAGAACUUUUAAAGUCUCCAUUGGCCUUACAGCUUCAGCUGACUGAUACUCUGAUGAACAGACUGCUUCGAUGUCUGUUUAAUUCUUCUUCAGUUGUCCAGUUUCUGUGUGUUCGGGGCCUGAGCAAUGUUACAACUGGAGCUCCUCACAGAAUAGAAAAAUAUUCACGGCCAGUGCUUUGUGCAAUGACUAGUCUGAUGGAAACCAGGGAGAAUGACAACGAGCUGCUAAUGUUUGAGGUAUUGUUAUGCCUCUCAAAGCAUUUGGAUCAGCUGAGACCAAAUACUAUCAGACCCUUUGUCCUGAAAAUCAUCAGUGGGAUCCAACCAUUCUUUGAAGCUAAGUGUGAGAAGGUGCGGGCUGAAGCAUUUAGCGUGUUGGGGAGCUUAGCCAAGUGUGGAUGUAGAGAUCCCAGGACCUAUUUUUACCGACAAAUCCAUUCACACCUGGUUUGUUUAUUGCUGCACCUGGGUGGAAACAGCAAAGAAGUGUCUAGAUCUUGUAACUCAACACUUGGUUUGGUCAUUCCCCUUAUUGUUUCAGCUGAGACAUCCUCAGAGAUUGAGAAGCAUUUAGGGGAGAUUACCCUGAACUACACAGAAUGCCUGAGGGACAUUUCAAAACAAUUGAUUAAAGAUUUCCCUGAUAGGGUCCACUCAUAUGUUACAGACUGUAUAUCCUUCUUCAACAACCCUCAAGUGCAAAUCCGAGCAAAUGCAAUUGCCCUUUCAGCUUUCUUUCUCCAAAGUCCAGAAGAAUGUUCAAAACCUGCCCAGAGGGUCAGAUGGUGGAAAAAAUAUAAAUACUAA